GAGUGCGACUUCGCGUUCAACGGGUCUCUAGCCCUCGUUCCAUUCUACCUGCUGCUCACCAUGCGCCCCUCGCAGCCCUUCUCCGACUCGCUGCUCUUUUACAAUGCGUCCACGAGGACAACAGCACCCGUCAUAGGCGGCACGCUCAAGCACAAAUGCCGGACAGUACGAGGGGAGCGCGGCCGCUCGUGUCCGUCGUUUGAUCUGGUCAACAGCUCCGGCAUGAAGCUCGUCGUGCGAGGCUCGUCGCCCAAGAGGCAGUACUCUGGCACAUGCUUCAUAGUGGAGUUUGAAUCGCUGCUCAUCAAGAUGGGGCUGGGCCGCAACAACAUCGCGAAGCUCAAGUCCCGCGACGACAACCCGCAGUUCCCAGAGAAGCGGAGGUGUGCAGUCUUCCGGCUGGUGUGA